AUGUUACUGGGAACUGUGCAGAUAGCGGGAGAGACUCUGACAUCGAGAGAGGUUGGAGAUAUUUGUGAAUCGUUCGAGAGCCAAACGCUACGUUUACUGUCCUUACGCGGCUGUAAAAUUAUGGACAGGGACUUCAAAAAGAUGAUGACUGCAUUUGGAAACUGCACUUCAAUUGUAAACAUGAACCUGAAUUUGAAGGUAAUAUCUCAUGUUUCGAGGACGAAGCUACUUGCUGAAGCGUUAUAUAAAAACAGAUCAUUACGUGCUUUGUUUUUACAUGGCAAUCAUAUCGGUGAUGAAGGUAUGGAAAUUCUGUAUGAUUCAUUGUCAAUGCAUCCAUCUCUGGUCUCGCUGGACAUGGGAGACUGUCGCCUAGGAGACAAAGCAAUCAGAUUGAUCAGUAAUUUGUUACCUGAUGAUGGUGCCAAACCAGGUUUGAAAGAGUUAACACUGAGCGCAAAUCCAAGCAUAUCACCAAGUGGUUGGGCCCAUUUUGCAGUUGCUUUAGCAGCGGGCUCAUCAAUAAAACUACUUAAUUUAGAUUACAACAAUAUUGGAGAUUAUGGAUCAGGUUUGCUAGCGGUUGCUAUAGCAUCCAGUAAAACAUUGGAAGUUAUUGACUUGGAGGCUACUGGAGUUACGCAGCAAGGUGGAGAAGUUUUGCUUGAUUUGGUGCAAAAUUACCCAACACCACUCAGAGAAUUGAAUCUCACUGAAAAUUAUAUCACGGUAGAUGUAGAGGUAGAAAUAAACGAGCUUCUUGGUUACGAUGAUGAAGAGUCUGAUGAUGACGAUGAGGAUGUGUCAGAUGACGAUGAGGACAAGAAAGAGGAAAAAAAAGAAGAGGAUGUCAAGAGUAAAUUCAAAGAUGAUGAAAAGACUGUGCCAAAAGUAACAGCAAAGGAAAAGGCAUCAUAUUCUACUUUGAGAGAAAAUACAGCCGAAGCUUUUGACAAUUAUGAAAAAGAAAAAAGUACUCCCAAUAAUUCAGGUGAAAAAGGAAAUAGCAGCACUUCAAACAAUAGUGGUGAUGAAAGGAGAAGCAGUUCCCAUAAUAAUAAUAGUUACAGAAUGAACAGUAGAAGUAGCAGCUUUUCUAGCACUCUUAGUAAUAACAGUCUAAUGCACAUGAGUAGAAAUACUAUAGAAAAUAGAAGUGUGUCUUGGAGGUCUCCACCUGUGUCAGGUGAGCAUAAUUUUAAUGCAUUCCGAAAUACAGAGCGAAGAAAAUACAGACCAUUACCAGUACCAGGAAAACCAGUCAAGGCAUAG